UUUAUGCAGAGUGUAAAGUCAAAUUUUGAAGAUGUUGAUCUUGGAGACUCCCAGGAAACAACCCAGUCAAAUUUUGAAGAUGUUGAUCUUGAAGACUCUCAUGAAACAACUCAGACUAAUAAUAAUCAAGUUUCUUUAAAUGAUGAUGCCUCCAAAUCUGAACCCUCUUCCUCCACCACAUCUCCUAUUGCGUCUCAGAUUCCUUCAAUGCCUUCUAAAGAUUUUGAUUUGAAUUUGCACAUGGAGAGUUUAUAUCGACAAUUUCAAGAAGAUUCUAAAGGUCACGGUUAUGGUAAUGAAAAUCAAAAUGCACGAACCACUAAAGAAUUUGCAGCUUGGGUUGAAGCUGAAGCAGCAUCAUGGCACGCGUUGACUUCAUCAAAGUUGGAAGGUUCAACGUUAGAAAACACAGAAGCAGCAACAUUUUCCACCAUUUCAGAAACAAAGAAUGUGCCACCUAUACAAUUAGACGUUGCACCUAAACAAAAGGAAGUUGGUGAUGGAAAAACAUGCAUACCCUCUUCUUCAAUUGUCAAUACAAAGCUUCCUGCCAAAAAAUAUGAUGAUAUUGGAGACUCCCAUAAAACUAUUGAAAUGGAAGACAUUAACAUACUGAUCGAGGAGGACCCAAUUCUUGCACUUGAGAAACUUCUGACUGGAGUGCAAAGUUUCUCCAUUGAAACUUUACUUCAAGAAUUGAAGACUUUUAUGGAAUCAUUAUCAGACCUUGACCAUCUUGUAUCUAACCAAGAGUCUAAAAAGAAAUUGAUUUCGCUUUUUCAUGGAUUGAAUCUGCAUCAAGGACUCUUACCUUCUGAUGUGAAGGAGUACGUUGAGAAAGUGCAGAACUUCUUCAAGGACAACAUUAUCAAACAUGCCACCUCUCAAGAAGUGAUAGAGAAGCACAACCAACUUCUUGAUUCUAAAACUGAUCUCAUGAACAAACUUUUGAGUGCAAAGAGUUCACAAACUCACAUUGACGACAAAACUUCAACUGCCAAAGCUAAAAUACAGGAGCUCUCUUUGCAAAUUGAUGAACUUAGGAAAAAGUUGGCAGACCUUGAGAAUCAAAGAGAUGAUUUGAAUUCAGUAUUGAACCAAUGUGAUGUUCAGAUGAAGAAGUUGAAGGCUGAAUGUUCUAAGUGGGCCCAACAAAGUGAAGAAUUGCUUUCUGCACUUGCUUUGUCAGAGGUCAAUGCCAAAGAAAUUGAACGUGCGAGGACUUUGGCAAAAGAAGGCUUUACAAAUUUAAAAUCUUUGUUUCCUACAUUUUAGGGCAUCCCUAAAAUCUAGGAAAUGAAGGUUGUACAUUAUGGUUUUUGUUAAUCUCAUUUUGUUUCUGUAUGUUUACUAUUGCACUCUUUUUUCCUUCACCUGGUUUUAUCCCAUUGGGUUUUACAGGCAAGGUUUUUAAUGAGGCAGUUGUCCGACAUUAUUAUUCCCUUGUGUAUUGAUUGGCCUAGUCCCCCAU